AUGUCCUACAAUGAGCGUCUUAAUAAUUUAUUCGCCGCUUACGCUCCGGAGAAACUUCCACUCAUCCCUAAACUAUUGCAGAAGUAUGAAGGAAGGGAAGAGGAGGUGUUGCGGAGUCUCAUCAAGAGGUUUGGUCCAGAGCCCAGUAUGAUAUUAGAAGAUACACCAGAUGACAGCAACCAUAGUAAUGGUAAUAAUAAUGACAAGAAGAGUUACUAUCGUGAACGACUCAUUCGAUUUUACACGAAGUAUGCCCCCAAAAAACUCUCACGGGUGGAUAAAACACUUGAACGAUUUUCAGAACGUGAAGAAGAAUUAUUUUUUGCUCUAGUGAAGAUGUAUGGUCCUGAACCACAAGAACAACCAUAUAAUAAUUCCUCUUCUGCUAUUGGGGUAAAGCAACCAGAUAAUUUUUCCGAUACCCAAAGUAACGUAAGUACUAGUACCGUUAGUAGUAUAUGGGUUCCAUACAAUGUUCAUGAUAUGAAAUGGCGUCUCUCUCGUCUUUUAAUGGAGUACGCCCCGGAAAAGUUAACCAUUGUUGAUCAACUGAUGGAAAAGUACGCAGGCCAUGAAGAGGAAAUGCUCACUAGCUUUGUAGACCGUUAUGGUCCAGAACCCCCAUCGCCCAUUACACAAACUCCACAGAUUCGUCUUCUUCGCUUUAUGGAACUCUACGUACCGCACAAAACUGCUCUUGUGGACUCUUUACUUGCCAAAUAUGAAGGACGUGAAGAAAUUCUCUUUGGUACACUUGUGAGUAAACUCGGACCAGAGCCACCAGCCCCAUUUACAGGCGAUGGACCUCCACUUCCCACCUAUCGUCAGCGAUUAAUUCUCUUUUAUAAAGUGUACGCACGGGAGAAGUUGGCGAAUGUAGAUGUGGUCUUGCAGCGAUAUAAGGGACGAGAAAAGGAAAUGUUUCGCCUGCUGGUGGAGAAGUACGGGCCGGAGCCGGAUCCCAACAUGGACCCCGACGCCCCACUCCCACCAGAGAAGAAUUAUCACGCACGACUCUCACGACUCUUCACAGCAUACGCCCCACAUCGAAUGGAAAGUGUGCCGUUGUUGUUAAAACGAUAUAAAGGUCGUGAAGAGGAAAUUAUAGCGGCAUUGGUGAAGAAACUUGGGCCGGAACCUCCAAUAGAUGAAGACUCAACUCAAUUAAUAUCGCAGAAGAAUGAAGAUGAUGGUGAAGAAGAAGAGGGGAAAAUGAGUGGUAAGGAAGAGUCUAAAACAGAGCAAAAGGUAGAAAAAUGGAAUGAUUGGUUACGUCACUUGUUGGUUCCCUCUUCAAUGUACCGCCGAUAUGCCGUUAAUUGUUUGGGUGAGGAACGGGUAUCUCUAUUAGAGUCUCAUUUCGGUAUACCUCGACGGAUGCAAAUAAAAAAUAAUAAUGGUGAGAAUAAUAAUAAUAAUAAUAAUAAUAAUAAUAAUAAUAAUAAUAAUAAUAAUAAUAAUAAUGAGCGUUGGGUGCUAGAGCACUAUAGUGACAAUAACAAUAACAACGAUAAUGGAGACUCAGAAAAUGUAGAAUCUGAAAGAAAGGAUUCCAACACAUCACAAAUGUUGGAAGUAUAUGAAAAACCAGAUAUAGCUGAAAAUAUGAGUGCAAAUUUUGCUUGUCUUAUUUUAAUGUUAGAGACUGUAGAUUUUCCUUUACCAAAAACUUACAAAGAGGGAGAAAUAUUUCGUCGAUAUCCAUUCUGUACUGUUCUUAGUGAACGUGAUGAAUAUACUUUACAAACAUGUGUAGCACUUGUGGAUUUACAAAAACAAUGUGAAGAAUAUACUCGUCGUCUCUGGCGUGAAGAGGAAGUAACACGUCAACGUUUACUACUACAUCUCGAAACUUGGAAAAGACAACAUUCUUCUACUCUAGAUGAGAAAAAUUCUUAUAUGCAGCGUGUACUUGUUAAGGCUAUUGAACUACUACCAGAAUUUGAAGAAAAAGAGAGACAAGAAAUAGAUACAGUAGAGAAGAUUGAAUUUAAGGCAAAAAGUAUGUGGUUUUUCAAAGGAUUAGAAACCCCUCAAGAAGAAAAUUUAAGUCCUUUUAGUGAAAAGUAUGAUGAGAAACUUAAUCGAUGGAAAUCUCUUGUUUCUGGUAAUAAUUUGUCAGUUACACCUCUCUUAAAACGACGUAUAAUAAAUGGAAAUAGUAAUAGUAAACGUAGAGGCAGUUCCAGAGAUUUUCAUUUCAGAAGAAGUCUACAUCGUAUAGAAGAACCUAUAAAGACCUUUUCACCAGAAAAAGAAGAAGAAUUUACAAAGAAAAACUUUCAUACCUUAUCAAAUGAUAAAAAUCACAUAUUGACAACUGCUUCAACUUCUAUUCCUGUUAAUAAAACCAUGAUUCCAACACGGAAGGAUAUGAAACUAACCCCUUAUCCAAAUCAAGACUCUUGUAGAAGUAUAGAUCUCUCUAAUUUCUCCCCAAUACCAAAAAAACCUUAUACAAUGGGAGAAUCCACAGAACGUGUACUUCGUUUUAGUGAAAUAUCAAGGGAUAAGUCCACAAGUCCUACAGUCUUAAGUGUAAAAGUAAAUCCUAACGGACGUGAUAAGUGGGGACCAGCAAGAGAUGGUCGUCUUUCUGAACUUGCACCGCUUCCCUCAUGUGAAAAUUUUCAAGAGGCGGUUUUGCUAGGUGAAGACAUACCUAUAUCUCCUUUACAGGAAAAACAAAAUCAACGAGAAACUGAAAUGAACCAUCACUAUCGUUAUACUCCAUUCUUUUUUGAAGGUGAACGUACUGCUUCUUCUACUCUAUAA